AUGGAAAAAUUGGUUCCUCAAGAUAAAUCUAACCCAAACUUGAGCAUUGCUGAUACUUUACAAAAUCUAGGAAUGUUGCAUAAAUUUGUUGGAAAGUAUGAUUUAGCAAUUAAGUAUUGCGAGGAGAGUCUAAAAAUAAAAAAAUUCAUUUAUAAAGAAGAACAUCAUUUAAGUUACAUUAGUUCUUUAAUGUUUCUUGGAUCGAUUUAUGCUGAUGCAGGUGAUUAUGAUCAAGCGAUCAACUACUCUAUGCAAAAUCUAAAUUUAAACAAAACAAUUAAUCAAAACCGUCCUCAUCCUGAUGUUGUUGAUUGUUUUAAUAAUCUUGCCUUAAUUUACUGCCAAAAAGGACAAUAUGAUCAAGCAAUUAACUGCUAUGAACAGAGUCUAGCAAUGAAUAAGCUUAUCUACCAGGACAAACCUCACUCUAGUGUUGCUUAUUCUAUCAAUAAUCUUGGGUUACUUUAUGUAAGUACAGAACAAUAUGAUCAAGCAGUUAAAUACUGUGAGGAGAGCCUGAAGAUUUAUAAACUAGUCUAUCAAAAUGAACAUAAUAAAGAUGUUGCUCAUUCCUUAUUUAGUCUUGGUAUAGCUUAUUAUUCUAAGGAGAACUAUGAUCAGGCAAUUUACUACUUUGAGCAGAGUCUACAGAUGAAAAAAAUUAUAUAUCAAAAUCAACCUCAUCCUAGUAUUGCUGAUAUCUUAAAUAAUCUUGGAUUAAAUUAUGCUGCUAAAACACAAUAUAAUAAAGCAAUUAAUUACUAUGAGCAAAGCCUGGAAAUGAAAAAACUUAUCUACCAUGAUCAACCCCAUCCUAGUGUUGCUUUGUCAUUAAACGAUCUUGGAUUAGUUUAUGCUGAUAUAGAGGAGUACAAUCAAGCAAUAAAAUAUCAUCAGCAAGCUUUGCAAACCAUACAAGUUUUUGAAAAUCAUCCCUAUACAGCAGCUAUAAAAGAUAAUUUUCAGAAAACUGCCGCAGCAUUUGCUCAAAAAUCUUCUUUAAAUCCGCCAGAAAUUAAUACUUAGUUAACUCUCAUUGAUGCUGCGUUAACAACAAUCAAGCUAGCCAGUUAAAUUUUAUUAAAGACAUUUUAGUUAUUUUAUCAUGAACACCAUAAAAUGUUAGUAAAUUUA